AUGCCUGAUCCUGUUGCCUUUACAGCACGACCAAUAAUAGAGCAAAUGAGCAAGACUACAAGUGGAUUACCUGCUCCAUCCAUGUCAGUGCACCGCCACUCUACCUGCCAACCACCGCUGUUGCCCUUGAAAGAGAGUCCUAUGGUACCUAAACUGAAUCCUCUACCUAAGUUGGACUUGAGCUUAUCUGGCUUUCCUGGAAAAACUCGCAAGCGACAUAAGGUGGCUACUUCGUGCAAUCGCUGUCGUCAGAACAAGCGUAAGUGUGACAGUGGUAUACCAUGCUCAAACUGCAAGAGAAACAAGGCGGACUGUCUUUAUACGGAUGCUCAACAAUCACGCUCAACUUGGGGUGAUUCACCAUUAAGUAAAGAAAAAAUCAUUGGCGUAUCAACAGCAGAUCUUGACCCAGAUUCACCACCAUCAACACCAGCUGCUGAAUCAGCCGGAAAAUCAUCGCCGCCACCGAUGGAAUCCACAAAACCAUCAAAGUCCUCUCCUUCAACCAGGAAGCCAGCGGCACGUAAAAAUUCGACACUAGAUUCAACAACGCCAAUCCCAUCCACUUCCUUUAGUCAGAGUGGGUCACCUUUGCCUAGAGCCUCAUUAUUCAAUCCAGGACAAGAGGAGAAAGACUCAUUGGACAGAAGGAAAAAGAUAAUUGAGAUUCAAUCUAGACAGAUAGCAAAGACAAUUCGUAUUACAAAUCCGGGACCACAGUUUGAUCUCUCAGAGCUAAUGCCAAACAGAGUCAGUUCAGCAGGCAUAACCAAUGAUGCGCAUAAACCAUUUACUCACGGUCAUAGCGGCAGUUCUACUGACUCAUUGUUCUCUAACGCAAAUUCACCCGAUGUGACCGCCAGUUCAGCAACUUACCCCCUGCAUUUCCAGCCCACAUCAAAUUCAGCAUGGCAAUAUGAGUCCAGGAUGAAGCAAUUGCCCUCUUCAGCGAUGGUAUCACACAGGAUACCGGGAACUGGCUUUCAGAUCCAGCAAGGAGCUCAGACGAGUUUGGAUACAGAAAUUAUUGUAACUAGCUCACCAUCCUCCUUUUCGCGAUUAACGCCCACGUUCUGCAAUAAUUCAAAGAGAUACCAGCUCCCGGUAUCUGAAGCUCCUAAUGAAAAUCAAAUCCCACUCACGCUAUCAAGCCAGCCUGGAAAUUUGGCUACGCCUGCGCCCCAGGAUCUCUCCAUUUCAUACCCAAUUGUUGAAACAUCCGACCUCAGAAGUCUCUCUUCCGUUUCUCCAUGGUUUUCAGCCGACAACCCAAACAUACGUGAUUUUACUCAGGAAACCCAGACCCCAGCCAUCCAAAGCCAGCGAAUCAUAUCUGAGGAUUUAAACAGCGCGGUUCGAGAUGGUGGCUUGACUAAGCAGCAAUCAAUAUACAUUCAGCAGCACCACCCACCUCGUCACAUCUUCUCACCAAUACACGAAGCCCAACAACAAACCAGCGCUACUACUUGGAAUCCGAACGCGAGUUUAUCGACCUAUCCGCAGAAGCAACAUUCUCAAUUGCCCUUAACAGACGUAGCGCAAAACAUUGGUCUUAAUGAUGCCGUUGCAUCGGCCGCGCCAGUUUCUUUUGGUGUAUCAAGCAACUUAACGCCCUCCACCUCAAUGAAUAUACCCUCGGCUUGUCAGAAGAAAGGCCAGAAAAGUAGUAGCAAUACGUGCUUACCAUCGAUGCGACUUGACCAACAGAGUUUACAACAAAUCUCGCAACUCGAGGUAUUACACCAGGGUAUAGCCACAGUAGACACCGACUCCAUACGAAUGCGAAAGAUUGCUAAAGAUAUGCUGGACUGUAGGCGGUACGACUAUAGUAUCCUUCUCCCCCGACAUAUUUCGCAGGACUAUGAUGAGUUAUGGGCAGCACCACAGCCAGUAAAAUCCAAUAGUCUUGAUGGGAUCCCUCGUCAGCUCUUGAUGAUCCCUAAGGAUGCGAACUUUUUGCACGCAUACUUUUACUAUCCAAUUGUCAACCGUGCCAUGGUUGAGAUGGAGCUUAUGGCGCCAGAGACGCCUCAGGCGUUAUUUCUUUUAAAUAUCGUCUUUAUGGCAGCAUGCAAGCAUCUGGCGAGGCAAACCGAUAUUAAGCGCGCCAUCCAGUUUCGAGAGCGCGCACGUGAAAUACAACAUUACAUUGAUGAGAGGGCACGAAUCACACGAUUGUUUGCUCAUUUGUUAGGGGCGCAGGUCAUCUACGGAGUCUUUGUCGUAACUAUAGGGUUUGCUCAACUCUGUGGAACACAUCAACCUCUACCGUUGAUAGCUGAUAGUGAUGCCAAUGAGCGUGAGUCCAUAAUUGACCUGGCUACUGAGGACCAAUCUCUUAUGAUGGAUAAGGGCCUCAUUCCCGAGGCAGCCUAUCAGCAGCGACUUUGGGCGUUUUGGGGAUAUUAUACGCGUGACUCUAUGUCGAGACUUUACUUUGGAUGGCCGCAUGGAAUCGAUAAUUUGGCUGUGGCAUCAGAGUUGCCCAAGAUCAAGGGCUUUGUUGGGCUUGGCGGCACUAGAAUCCUCAAGGGCCAAAAUUCGCUUUCAGGAAAACGACGAGGAUCGGCUCUGAGGAAGGGGCAAGCUCACCGUGAGAAGAAGCACAUUAAAGCUGAGACUGUUGCACCUCAAUCUGACCGAGAUAUAUAUCAUGCGAUACCCUCUACAUCGGAUGAAGACUAUGAUAAUGAUGAUAAUGAUGAUAAUGAUGACGAUGAUAGGAUUGGUGAAGGCGGAGAUGAAAGUGAAUUUGAUCAGGAUGAGCUUUUAGCUGGUAGUACCACCAUAGGGAAUCGCCGAGGUAUUUCUGAAUCUGUGGGAAAAAAUAGGUGGUCCAAGCAUCAAGAGAGAAUAGGAAAACCACAGGACAUGGUAGCCAAUUCAAAAUCAGCUACGAGCAGCUUGUCGGGAUCCUCCCAUACUCAGGAAAGGAAGACACUGACCUUUGGGCUCUCUAGGUAUUUACUUGAGAGGCAAAGUCGAGGUGAGGAUAUAUCUCAUCCUGUGGAAGAUUCCAAAAUAAGUUCAGGAGUUCAUUCUGCGGAAGUAAAACGUCAUUUGGAGCGAAUGAAGAUACUUCUGGAUGCGGAGAAUGAUAUUACAGAUGGAGGAUCAUAUGCUAGAAUAUUGUUUCUAGAGGAGAUCAAGUUGUGGAUGAUUGGCCGCCGGGUCGGGCUUUAUUUACAGAAACGCAACACCUCGCUGUCUGUCAGCUCAGUAGCCACAACGACUAUGGGGAUUUCUUCACCGUACGAUAAACAAAGCUCUGUAUCAGAAGCGAGCGACCUAUUCCUAUCGCCAUUCUCUGCGACAAUAGAGGCCAGCCGUUGCUCAGAACGCGCAUGGCUGGAGGACAAGGAGCUGCAAGGCCUGCAAGCUGAUUUAAUUGCUUGGGAACAAGCUUUACCGCCAAUCUUUAAGUUCCGCUCGAACGCUGACGAGCCGGACAUUAAUCACAAAAUCAAUGGCAGACUUGGUAUCCUCACUAUGUACUAUUAUACGAUCACAAUUAUGCUUCAGUCUUCAUAUCUUCCAAUUCCUCAGUAUCUCUUAUCAUCCUCACGAUCGUCUGUUAUCAAGUCACCAGAAAGUAUUAAUCGGGAGUUUGACGGAUUGUUUAGCAGAGCGACUUCCACGGCAGCAUCGGACGACAGCGGAAUGCGGAUCAAAAUUGAAGCAGAGGAACACUUUUAUACAGGACGAUCGCUUCAGCCAAGCUACAAUGGGUACUUCAAUACUGCACACCAGAUCUGCACCCAACUAUCUAAUGUUCUCUACCAUCAUGUAGAGGUUCUACUGGAUUCUUAUCCCAAUUGGUGCUCUAUCCAAUGUAAGCUGAAUCACAGUCUUACAGCAGCACUUCGCGUUUCAUGUUUGAAUGCUCGACUGAGCAGCAACUCCAAAGCAAUUCGAGAUGAGGCCAAAGCAGGCUUCAAGAUGGGAUCUGAUCUAUUCAAGCGACAAGCCGUUCUUCCAGAGCCACUUACGGUCCGAGACUGGCCAGCUGAGGAGGAUGUCCAAGUGAUGCUGGAUCUUGAGGAAGAAUUUAGAGAGAUGAUGACAAAUCAAGACGAAGAGCUGGCAAUGGCAGAGGCGCGCAGUAGAAGCCAGACAAGAGAGACCAGUGAAGGAUUUGCAAUGUAUGAAGAUCCAGGAGACCAUCUGUUGUACUCACCAGACCCUCAAGAUGCAUCGAGGGCAAGUCCCAUGCACUCGGUUGGCGCGAUUACACAGCCACAAUAUGAUUACUUGCGUGCUGAGCAUGUCUUUGGACUGAGUGGCGAAGGCUUUCAAUUUGACUACACCAUUAAUGUGUAA